GCGGAAGGUGAGAAGCGGCCAUUAUCAGUGAUUGACCCAACCCACAACACCGCUUCUUCUUCUUCUGAAAAAACCAUCAAAUCCAAAAAUCAAAGAAAUGUGCAUUUUACCAGAAUCAGAUAUAAUUAUAAAUAUUAAAUAAAAUUAUAAAUAUUAUUUGUUGAUCAGAGUCAGAUCUGUCGUUGAUCCCCAAUUGGCGCCUUUGAAUUGUUAAUAGAGUUUAAAGCGAACAAGCUCAAAUCGAAUCAACUGCACACCCGCGAAGCAAAAGCAUAAGAGAGAUAGGAGAAUAGGGAGCAGAGAUCCGAAUUCGAGAAAAGAAAAUGGAGGCUCCGCCAGGAGGAUCCGACAGGGAGAAAUCGAACCCGAGCUCUUCUCCAAUUCCUGUCGUCUCCAAUUUCUGGAAAGAAUUUGAUUUGGAGAAGGAGAAAAUUGUGUUGGAUGAACAAGGACUGAGGAUAGCUGAAAACCAGGAAAAUAGCCUGAAGAACCGACGGAAGCUUGCGGAGAGCACUAGAGAUUUCAAAAAGGCUUCACCAGAGGAAAAGUUGAGUUUGUUUAAUUCAUUAUUGAAGGGCUACCAAGAAGAAGUUGAUAAUCUUACCAAGAGAGCAAAAUUUGGAGAAAAUGCUUUCCUGAAUAUAUAUCAGAAGCUUUACGAGGCUCCGGAUCCGUAUCCAGCUCUAGCUUCAAUUGCUGAUCAAGAUCUGAAAUUGUCUGAACUAGAAUCUGAGAACAGGAAGAUGAAAGUUGAGCUUGAGGAGUUCAGGACAGAAGCUACUCAUUUAAAGAAUCAGCAGGCGACAAUAAGAAGACUUGAAGACCGUAAUCGUCAGUUAGAGCAACAGAUGGAGGAAAAAGUGAAGGAAAUCGUGGAGAUGAAGCAGCGUAGUUUGGCUGAAGAGAACCAGAAAACACUAGAAGUUUUGAAAGAAAGAGAGCAAUCUUUGCAGGAUCAAUUACGACAAGCAAAAGAAAGUGUUUCCAAUAUGCAGAAAUUGCAUGAACUUGCACAAAGUCAGUUGUUCGAAGUUCAUGCGCAAUCAGAGGAAGAAAGGGCAGCAAAGCAGUCGGAGGUCAAUCUUCUGAUGGAUGAAGUGGAAAGGGCUCAAACACGACUUCUUAGCCUUGAGAGAGAGAAGGGUGUCCUUCGUUCUCAACUUCAAUCAGCAAAUGAAGAAACUGGAAAUAAGAAAAGCGAUAGUCUGGAUUCAAAUAAUGUGCUUGAGAAUACUUUGAGUGCCAAAGAAAAGAUUAUUUCCGAACUUAACAUGGAGCUCCACAAUAUUGAAACCGCCUUGACUAAUGAGCGGGAACAGCACAUUAAUGAAAUCAAGAAGUUGAACAUGGUACUCAAUGAGAAGGAACUUUCUAUUGAGGAGAUGAAGAAGGAGCUUCAAGCAAGGCCGACUGCAAAAUUAGUUGAUGACUUGCGUAAAAAAGUAAAAAUUCUGCAGGCAGUGGGCUAUAAUUCAAUUGAGGCUGAAGAUUGGGAAGCAGCUACCAGUGGGGAAGAGAUGAGCAAAAUGGAGUCUCUUCUUCUUGAUAAGAAUCGGAAAAUGGAACAUGAACUCACACACUUGAAGGUUAAACUUUCUGAGAAAGAGUCUACGCUGGAAACAGCUGAAAGCAAGAUAGUAGAGCUUAGUGCAAAAGUUAAUGAACAACAAAAGUUAAUACAGAAGUUGGAAGAUGAUAUAUUGAAGGGUUAUAGUUCUAAAGAUCAAAAAGGUGGUCUUUUUGAUGAUUGGGAUCUUUCAGAGGCUGGGCGCGUGGAGUUAUCUGAGAACGCAGACCAGAAACAUGUGUCUUCGGAUCAAGACCAGAGCUCAAUGCUAAAGGUUAUCUGCAACCAGCGAGAUCGAUUCAGGAAACGCUUGCGAGAGACAGAAGAAGAGGUAAGGCAGUUAAAGGAGAAGAUAGGGUUACUGACAGCAGAACUAGAGAAGUCAAAAGCUGAUAAUGUCAAACUAUAUGGAAAGAUACGUUAUGUCCAGGAUUACAAUCUUGAGAAAGUCGUUUCCAGAGGAUCAAAGAAGCAAGCAGAGGACCUGGAAAGUGGCUUUUCCUCAGAUGUCGAGUCCAAGUACAAGAAGAUAUAUGAAGAUGAUAUAAAUCCAUUUGCAGCCUUUUCCAAGAAGGAAAGAGAUCAAAGAUACAAGGAAUUGGGAUUGAGGGAUAGAAUCACCCUUAGCAGUGGACGUUUUCUUCUCGGCAACAAGUACGCUCGUACUUUUGCAUUUUUCUACACAAUUGGGUUACAUAUCCUGGUCUUCACCUGUCUCUACAGAAUGUCAGCUCUGAGUUACCUUAGUCAUGGCGAGGAAUCCUAUACAGGAGAGAAACAAUUGAACCUCCCUCACGCACUCUAGUUUUUCAUCUGUAAUUGCAUAAAAUGGCAAAUAGUGUUAAAAUUAUUGAACAGAAUGGUUAACAAUGUACAUACAACAAACAAAAAGAAAAUGACAAUUUUUAUUACUACUUGUCUUGCCAAGUUUGAAGGUGCAAUGAAAAUGGGAGCAUUUUCGUUUCUUA